AUGGAGCCGGCUGCGUACAGCGAGGUCUACCGCCUCAAGUCCAACCACUCGGAGCUGCAGAUGCACAAGCGGACGCUGGAGCGCCAGCUCGAGAUCAAGAAGGACCAGCUCAAGGAGCUCCAGCGGGCAAUUGCGGCGUGCGAGGCCGCCACGGACGACGCUUCGCCGCGCAAGCGCAGCAGUGCCAAGCAGCGCCUCGUCAUGACCACAUAG